GCUCAAGCCGCGUAGGUGUUUCCGGUGUCUAGUAACAUUUUACUUCCUUCCACACAGGCCGACACGAACAAACCGAAAAAGAAGACGUCGCUAACAGUUAACCAUUGUCGCCAGAAAUUGACUUCCGAGCUUAGUUUGUCUUGUAUUUCUGUCGGGUAAAGCGUGGCAUGUGGCGCUCGGUGUCCGAGGACUGAGACUUAGCAGAGAACCGCUGAUUGUAACGUGUCGGUCUCCGAAGGAAGAAAGUUUAGUGUCGGGCCUGUAAACAACAUGUCCUCCGCCUCGCAGCCUUCCUCCAGACGGCAGUGGUGCUACCUCUGCGAUCUGCCGAAGAUGCCGUGGGCCAUGCUGUGGGAGUUCAGCGAAGCGGUGUGCCGGGGAUGUGUCAACUAUGACGGCGCGGACCGGAUCGAGCUGCUGAUUGAAACGGCGCGGCAGCUCAAGAGCACGCACGGGGUGUUAGACGGCAGGUCUCCCGGACCCCAGCAGAGCAAACCCGGCUCGGUGGGGACCGUUGAAGCGGGGCGGCAGCAUGGUGAGCGCGUAGACAGGGGGAGGGUGGAAUAUGGGGUGUCUUCUCGGCUCCCUAACGGCCUGCACCGGGCUGAGGACGUGGCUAUGUCAGAGGGAAGCCGUCAGAGCCCGAACACCCGCCGUGCUGUAGCCGGUGCUGUUCCCGGGCUCCAUAGCACCAUAUCUCACGCCUUGAUUGCUCAGGGGUUGGUGGCAGGUCCUCAUGGGCUUUUAGCCCCGUUAUCAGGCUCCCGAAUAGCCAGCACCCCAAUCGCAGUCUCAGCUGGGCCCAUCAUGGGUGAAAGCGGCAGAAGGCAGGCGGUGUCUCUGGGUGUGGGUGCCAGCACCUCUGCCCUUGUGGAUAUAGUUCCAGCAGUGUGGAGGAACAAUGAGGUGAUGGUUGAACUGAACGAGGUGGCCAGAAACAGAAUGGAGGGCUGGCCAAACCGACCCAAAGCAGUCCGAGAUGUGCUUGUGGCUCUGAGCAACUCUAUCCCCUUUAAUGUCCGCUUCAGGAAAGAUCAUAACAUCCAGGGUCGAGUCCUGGCUUUUGAUGCUGGCACAACUCCAGAAUUUGAGCUGAAGGUUUUUGUCGAGUAUCCUGUGGGCUCCGGGAUAAUCUUCUCAGGCAUCCCAGACCUGGUCAGACAGAUGUUCAGGGAUUCAGCUAAAGAUGCAGGUAAAGCUGUGAACUCUGGGUUGCGAUAUGUGGAAUAUGAGAAGCGGCAGGGCACUGGAGACUGGCGAGGACUGUCUGAGCUCCUGAAUGACAGUGUGCGGAUGUUUAAAGAACCUCCAAUCCCAGAGGUCCUGCCACAGCCAGAUCCAGUACUGUCGCUGGCAGCAGCGGGUCGCCCAGGUCCAACAAAGAGCACGACCAGACGCCGCAAAGCUUCUCCUGGCUCUGAAAAUGGGGAGAGUGAUGGGAGACCCGAUCACCCAGCAAGGGAAACUUGGCCCCGAGGUGCCUACACAGAUCCUAUUCCUGGCAUGGCUGCUCCCCAGGAAGGUCCACCACGUCUCCACAGCCAGCCGUCACCCAUCUCAGCUCUUAUGGGAGUCACAGAUAGCGUGAGCUCCAGUCAGAUGCCCAGAGACAGCCCAGGCAUGUCUGCAACUCACUCCUCCGCAGCUGGCCGCUCCACCAGCAGCAGCCCCUCCACCGCCUCCACCUCAGCCUCCCAGGCAGCCAUGGGGCAGGGAAUGAGUGCAGUUGGGCCGAGCAGCAAUGCCAGCACUGGGGAAAGCACGAGCAGCACGCAGGGUACCCUGCUCUGCUGCACCCUCUGUAGGGAGCGCCUGGAGGACACACACUUUGUCCAGUGUCCCUCUGUCCCUCACCACAAGUUCUGUUUUCCCUGCACGCGGGCAUUCAUCCGCAGCCAGGGUCAAGGAGGGGAGGUGUACUGCCCGAGCGGGGAGCGCUGUCCCCUGGCUGGAUCCACCGUGCCUUGGGCCUUCAUGCAGGGGGAGAUCUCGACCAUCCUGGCUGGAGAUGGAGAUGUGACAGUAAAGAAGGAAGAGUGACCCCUGAUGUCUUCGACCUGUUAUGGUGAAUGGGGAUCAAACACUUUGAAAGCACUUCCCUUUUAUCUCGAGCAGAGGUCCACUUCGGCUGCAUUUCAUCAUGUGUGCCUCCAUAAGCAGAGUAAGUCAGAAGCCCCAGGAGGAUAAACUACGCCAGGAUCAGUUAGUAAAGACAGGAAAACUCACCGGUGAGGUGGAGGAAGCUGAGCUUGUGUGUCGAGGCUCGGAUCAGCCGCUCUUCCUCGCGCCAUGCGGCUGAGGCCUCGUUUCAAACAGCCCAGGACAGAAAGCACAUGUUUGUCUGACAAUCUGAUUUGUGUUUUUGUUUUUGGUUUGUUAUAAAUGUUGCAUUAUGUAUUAAACGGAUGCAGGGCAGCGAUAUUGAUUGACCGCUUGGCAAAAGUAAUGCAAUUCUUUGAAAAAAAUGAAUGUUGAACACAAAAACCCAUUUGGUCCUUAAAGCCAAGGAACGCAAAAAUGUAACCCCACAUUAUGUCUCGUAGAUAUUCCUCUGUUAUAUGUUUCAAAUGUGAACUUCCUUUCAAUAUGGCUAUGUAAUUUCUAUUUUUGAUACAAUACAAAUUUCUAUGUAUUUGUUUAUAGUGAUAAGAAGACCAAAGAUGGCUUCAUGCUCAGUGUAAUUUUACUGUAGCCGUGUAUGCUGUAUCCACUGAUAACCUUGGCAUCAGUCACUAAUUAGUCCAACUAUCACAGAUGUAUGCUUGUUUUGUCUAUUUACGUUUUGAAUUCUAUGUAUAGUAAAAUAAUUAGCAUCACAUCGAAUGGUUAACCAACACACUUAUGUGAUCUGAACAGGUCAAUUCUACAAUAAACGACUAAAUAGUC